GAAAAUGGCGUCCUGUUGUCAGGAUCAGUCUCGAUAAAAACUAAAAUCUUUAAAUUUUUUAUGACCUAUGCUUCAUCAAAUUAUAAAAAUUAAUAAAAAAGAUAAUAGUCAGUCUCUACUUAUUAUAAAGAACAGUAUUUUCAAAAGAAAUCACAUAGAAAAGGCUAAAAUUGGAAUAAAAAUGGGUGUUCGAAGAUGGCCCGAAAGUUUUUGUGAAAAAGUGAUGUGAAGUGUAUUUUUGCUGGACCAUUCAGUUUGCUUGUAAAUUAGGGACCGUCUGCCUUCAGGCAAACCAGCACAAAGCAGUACUAUGUGCUGGAUAGUAUUAAAUUCAUAUUCGUAAAAUGGAAAAAACCCGUCAUGGAAAACAUAGUAAGGAUAAAUCUAGAAAAAAACGUAGAAAUAGAGACGAGAACGGCCGGUCCUUAACUUCCAACAACAAACCUUUAGUUGAGUACUCUGAUGUCAGUUCUGAGGAUCUUUCAGGGCCAGAAGCUGGAGAAAUUCAGAGCGCAGAAGAAGGCAGUUUACUUAGUCUGAGUGAUGAAGGAGAAAUAAUGCACAGAAACAGCCAUCACACUCACUACUCUCGCUAUGAAGAGGAAAUAUACAUGUCAAGACAAUCCCUGACUUUACACUCACCAGGGAGACGCCACCACCGCCUGGACCCGUCCAUGAUCCCGCACACGCCGUCUCCCGGACGCAGGGAGCGCAAGCUGAGCGCCUCGUCGCGUUCCUCGCGCUCCAGCGACGUGAGGCACAGGAAAAAGUUGGCGGCGGAGGCGUCGCCGCCGCCGGCGUACGCGGCGGCGGCCGCGGCCUACGCCGACGACGACUACGACGAGCGCAAGAAGCGCAAGAAGAAGGAGAAGAAGCACAAGAAGGACAAGAAGGCGAAGAAGAGGAAGAAAAAGUCGAAGCAUCGGUCGAGGAGCACGAGCAUGAGUAGCGCCGACACCGAUUCGGAGGAGUCGAACGUCAGCAAGAAGACUGCCGAGCCCGUCGAGAAGGAGCCGUUGUCUGAUUGGGAACCUGACCUGACGCUGGCAGGGACAAAAGUGUCGCAAGCGAUCGACACGAGCGCCUGCUCGCCGGUCUCGAACGACAGCAUCGCGUCGCCCGACCCGAUCGAGGACGACGUCGACGACGACGACGACGACGGCGAAUCCAACAACCACCACCACCACCACCGCCGGCGGCGGCGCCGCACCCCGAAAUCGCCCCCGUCGCCCGCGUGCGACACCCCGCCGCCGAAGUUCCGCGGCGGCGCGGAGUACCCCGCGCUGACGUUGGCGGCCGUCGCGCGCGCCCGAGACGAGUACCGGCACCGCGAGCCGCGCGAGUCGCCGCACACGCCGCCGCCGCAGACGAGGGGCGAGGGCAAGGCGGCGACGUCGAAUCACCACUACGCGCUCGGCGAGACGGUGAGGAUCCGCGACAGCCCGCCCAUCGUCGUGGAGGAUCGCGAGUCGUCGAGGAGGAGCCCCGCCUCCCCCAAGUCGCCCUACAGCACGAGGAAUACAGGGAACCCGAGCCCGGAGUACCCGAUGCACUCGCACUCGCACGGGCGCUCGCUGUCGCCGCGGCGGCGUCGCAACGCCGAGCGCGACCUGAUGCACCACCACAAGAAGCACAAGCGCGAGCGCGCGCGCGGCGGCGGCGACAAGCGGCGCUCGUCGCGCAGCAGGAGUCCGCGGCGGCGGUCGAGCCGGUCGCCGGGCGGCUACGGCGGCGGCGGCAGCGGCCGCAGGCACUACAGCCCCAACGACGGCAGGCGGAACAGCAAGCGGUACAAGUCGAGGAGCCCGCGCAGGGAGAGAAUGUCGAGUCCACGUCACAAACACAGAAGCCCGUCGCCGCACUCUAUGCGUUCCUCGCAGCUGAAAAACAAGAUCACCGACACGAGCCUGUUCGCCGAACUGGUCAAGGACAAGCACAAGCGCGACUUGGAGCUGAAACGCCUGCUGGAAAACAACGCGGCCGAGUCGACGGCGGCGGCGGCGGCGAGCGCGGCCGCCGCCGCCUCGGCCGAAGCCGAACCCAAACCGCCCGCUGCGCAAACCGACGCGGUGGACUCGGCGGUGGACUCUGCCGUGACCACGAACACCACCGUCGGCGGCAGCACCUCGUGCGUGCCGAUGGACAUCGACGAGAUCCCGAUCCCCGAGACGGACUCGGAGAAGCUCGACGACAUCGCGCUGCCGAACAUGCCCGAAGCAGAGGCCGAGAAGGCGGCCACGCCGCCGGUGCCUGAGACGCCCCUGCCGGCCGCUGCCGAAGUUAAAAACGGCGGCGGCGCGGAUUCGAGCAAGAAGGGCAUGAAGCGGCUGCCGAUGCCGCCCGGGAUGGACUCAACCGAGUUGGAGGCCAUCGAGUCGCCGCCGAGUAGAUCCCCCUCGCCCGUCAAACCCAAGACGCCGCCUAGGAAGAGCAUCAUGAACCUUCCGAUGCCCCCACUGUUCGAACUGAGCAUGAUCUCGAAACAUAGCAAACAAUCGAAACUAAGCGCAAAAUCGUUUAAAGUGGUCGCCGGCACGGAAGAGCUGAGCGGCGACGACGACCCCGCGACGACGCCGCCCCGCAACAGCAAAACGACGGCGGCGGCGGCGGCGGCGCAGGCGGGCGCCGCGACGGCCGAGAAGAAGCAGGCGAAGCCCAAGUACAAGCGGCCGAAGAUCCUGAAGAGGAGGGGCUCGAGGACCUUGCAGGCCAUCAGCGGCAAGGACUGGGGAGAGAGGUGCGUGGAGAUGUUCGAGGUCAAGGAGCAAAUUGGGGAAGGGACGUACGGGCAAGUGUACAAGGCGCGCGACGUGCAGGCCAGCGAGUGGGUCGCGCUGAAGAAAGUGCGCCUCGAGAACGAGAAGGAAGGCUUCCCGAUCACGGCCAUACGCGAGAUCAAGAUCCUGCGGCAGCUGAACCACAAGAACGUGAUAAACCUGAGAGAAAUCGUGACUGACAAGCAGGACGCCGUCGACUUUCGCAAGGAGAAAGGCUCCUUCUACCUGGUCUUCGAGUACAUGGACCACGACCUGAUGGGCCUGCUCGACUCGGAGAUGGUCGACUUCAACGAACUCAACAACGCGUCCAUCAUGAAGCAGCUGCUCGACGGGCUGAACUACUGCCACAAGAAGAACUUCCUGCACAGGGACAUCAAGUGCAGCAACAUCCUCAUGAACAACAAGGGCGAAGUGAAGCUGGCGGAUUUCGGUUUGGCGCGGCUGUACAACGCGGAAGAUAGGCAACGGCCGUACACCAAUAAAGUGAUCACCCUGUGGUACAGGCCGCCGGAACUUUUGCUGGGAGAAGAGCGAUACGGGCCGGCCAUCGAUAUUUGGAGCUGCGGCUGCAUUUUGGGAGAGCUGUUCCAAAAGAAACCGUUGUUCCAGGCAAACACGGAAAUGAUGCAGCUGGACCGCAUAUCGCGGCUGUGCGGCACGCCGACGCCGGCCGUGUGGCCGUCGGUGAUCCGGCUGCCGCUUUUCCACACCCUCAAGCCCAACAAGCUGCACCGGCGGCGGUUGCGCGAAGACUUCAAGCUGCUGCCCAGGUCCGCGCUGGAUCUGCUCGACAAAAUGUUGGAGUUGGAUCCGGAGAAGAGGAUCACGGCGGAGGAGGCGCUCAAGUCGCCCUGGCUGAAGAACAUCAACCCCGAACAGAUUUCGGCGCCGAAUCUGCCUAGACAAGACUGCCACGAGUUGUGGAGCAAACGGCGCAAGCGGCAGAUCAGGGAGCAACAGGAGGCCAUGCAGAAUCUGCCGCCCGGCAAGCCUCCCAUUGGUCGCGAGGCGAAAACCGCUUCCGGCGCGAAACCGGAAGAGUCGUCCGACGUCGGCGGGUGAGUUUCCCCACACGAACUUAACCGAAUUAUUAUUAUUAUUGUUAGUGUAGUGCGACCGCGGACGAUUACAAACGCGCUAGUUAUGCAUCUUGAACUUUUUUUAUGAAUUUUUACCAGUUCAUAUUUAUUUUCUUUUUGUGUAUUUUAUUUGUAUUUACUUUCUACCUUCUAAGGUCGUUUUGUAUAGAUUGUACAAACAAAGGUGCUAAUGUUAAUCAUUUUUAUUAAUUCUAGGGUUACGCCAAUCCAAAAACGACAAAAACAACACUAGUCACAGAAAUUUUAGUAAAUUUUUUCGUUUCGACAAUGUAUUUGUUAUUUCAGCAAAUAUUACUAGAGCACCUUCAUUUUAAUAGAUUGAAAAAAGUCUUUUGGAUUGUGCUGUAUACGAUUAUAGUUGUUUUUAUAUAAAUUCAUCAAGAUUUAUUCCUAAUAUGCCAAAACCAAAAAAUCAAGGUUUUCUAAACUAAGCUCUAUCAAGAAUAAUUCCUUUACUAAGUGCCUUGAACCAACAAAACAUUUAUUAAAAAUAAUUGAAGAAAUUCAUAACCUAUAUAAUAAUUAAGAUUUGUAUAUUUAUGAAACUUAAGAAAUUUAAUUUAAUUUAUUGUAAAUAGUUUCUAUCAUGUAAGUAGGUAAUAAGCCAGUCCAAUUAAAAUGUUUGUAUAUAUGUGUUAUUUUAUUUUGAAUUAAAAAUAAAUGGGAUAAAUUUGUCCAAGCUUUUUAUUUAUUUUCCUUUGUUUCCU